AUGGGUUUUUCAGCACAGGAAACGGACGAGAAUGACAAUUCCCCGAAGUUUGUACAAAGUAGCUAUAACGCCAGGAUACCUGAAAACUCAUUACAAGGUAAAACCGUCGUCAAUGUGUCAGCAACAGAUGAUGAUGCCACCAGCCCCAACAACAUAAUACGAUACUAUAUUGAAAAUGGAGGAUCCGAUAAGUUCCGAAUGAAUGCAAUCAAUGGCAUCAUUACGAUUGAUCUGAAUGUAAAAUUCGAUAGAGAAACACAAGACUUGUACAAUCUGACCGUGAUAGCUGCUGACAUCGGAACUCCUCCACGUACAGGAACGACAACUCUAUUUGUCUCAAUUACGGAUGUCAACGACGAAAUUCCCCAAUUCGGCCAGACAACCUAUAGGGCGGAAGUGAAAGAAAACAUUACCGUCGGAAAAAUCAUCAAAACAUGCAAUGCUUCUGAUGCUGAUGAGGACAGUAAUCUGAAAUACACAAUAUCACAUUAUUCAGCGACGGAUACAUGUAUUUCAGGUGUCCCUGUCAACAGCACUCUGGUACAGAACAUGUUUGAUGUACACGAAUCCAAUGGUUCUGUGUUUGUGAGUGACAGUCUUGACAGAGAAACAGCCAGUCAAGUAGUGAUUACUAUUCUUGUGAACGACACCAUGUGUGCUGAGCAUUGUCCACAGACAUCUACAGCAAUACUGACCGUUAAUAUAAAGGCUGUGUAUGAGGUGUCCUUUCCAGAGUCUUCUACAAAGACAGACGCCAUCACCGUCACAGCUACUGGUGUUGUCAGCACAGGAGACGGUACGUAUUGCGUGUGUUUAACGACAUAUCAAUUAUAUACGUAAAUGUAUACAGAUUUGUGUAUAUUAACAUAACAUACAUCAUAUAAUGUGUAUUGACAUGGAAUUCACCAUACAGUGUGUAUUAAUAUAACAUACAUCAUAUAGUGUAUAUUUACGUAACAUACAUAAUUUAGUGUAGUAUAUAUUAACAUUACAUACUGUACAUUUUCUAGUGUAUAUUUUAACAAAGUAUCUAUCAUAUAUUGCAUAAAGCCAUAGCAUUCAUCAUAUAGAACAUAAUAAUAUAAUAUUCGUCAUAAAGUGUAUAUCAACAUAAUAUUCAUCAUGUAAUGUAUAUUGAUAUAACAUUCAUCAAAUAGCGUAUAUUAACAUAAAAAUUGGUCUUGUUGAAAGUGAAAGAUACGUUUAAUCACAACUAACAAAACAUGAAUGAAAAAAUAAAAAAAUAGUUAUAACAAAUCGAAGCUCCCUCAAACUUUGUGCUUUGAUUGCUAGUACAUUUGAGGUUAAGGUAAUGUAAUGCGUUUUCUAUUUACUUUUUAUGCUAUAUUAUAUUAGUGCAUACAUCAAACUAUUGAUAUUUUGUGUUCAUUAUUACUAUCAACCGCUAUACCCC